AUGGAGAGAUUGCUGGGUACUUUGGGCUACGUUCCAGAAGGUUCCGGAAGGUCUGAAGGUGCCGUACUGGAUCGCGUUCGCGAGGGUUUCAUCAAGCAGUUGGGGUUGGAGCGGUUGGAGAAGGUUCAACUCGGCCCGAGGGUUCAGAGCUCCGAGCCGCUGCGGGCUGGGCUGCCUGAGCGCCGUACUCCCAGCACCACAGAGGAAAGCGGCGCGAGCGAUGCCGACGACAUCGACGAAGGUAGCGACGAUGAGUUUGACUCCCUGAAUUUUGCAGAGGUUCCGGAAGACGGCCUGCCGGCCGCGCCGCCGGUGGCCGGCUCCGUUUGUGCCACGCCAAGCAGGCAGUACAUCGGAACUGUGACGGCCACAUGA